AUGGAGAAGGACGAACGGACAGCGGCGGAGUGCCCGACGUUCGAUUCGAUGGAGGAUCUCCAACUGCCGGAGCCACCGUCCAAUGGCGGCGCGGCCGAGCUGAUUGAUGUACUGGCCGCGCCUUUACCCGGUACCAAGCGGCAGUGGAAGCUUUCAGCUCCCGGAUAUCAUGCCAAGCCCCGUGUUUUCCACCAUAGACUGCCUUCCAAGACUCGUCAGAUUGCUGCCAAACUUGACUCUCGCGGUGACGACGGGCCGGGCACCCUCCCUCCUCUGCUUCCGACUCUACCCGACGACGGAGUUCUCCUCUCUGUCGACGAUAGCCUCGACUCGCUCGUGCUGGGAGUAAUUAAGGUCCGGCGUGAUCCGAAGCUGUGGCAGGGUGCAAGGCGGGUUCGAUCAAACUGGGUUUUGAAAGCGGAUGAAGGCAUGGAAGACGUAGAUUUCAAAACUGGUGGCGGAGAGGAUGCUGCAAAUGAUGGGUUUACGGAAGGGUCUGAUAGCCCGUCUCGCAGGAGGAGCAGGGGAAGGGUUAGGGUUUCGGAUAGUAGGGGCACUGGUCUUGUUGCGGAAGGGGAAUCCCCUUCAGAUAUGGAUGGGGUAGAAUGGAUUGACCCGAACGGGUUUUGCCGUUCUGAAGAGGAUGGUGGAGUGCGGUCAUGGCUCAAGGAACUCGGACUGAGUAGGUAUGCCCCUGUUUUUGAGAUACAUGAAGUGGAUGACGAGGUGCUGCCAUUGCUGACUCUGGACGAUCUGAAAGAUGAGAUCCCCAUCUCUCAGAUCAGCGGGGGCUCCUCGUGGAUGCGUGUGGCUUCCCGGUGGGAGCGUCCAGGAAGUGAGGGCGAGAAGUGGAAGGACUGCCCCCAUCCCCACUCGUAG